AUGCUCCCAACAAAAAGUUUGGCUCUCAAACAAGAGAAAGCUGCAGCAGGAUAUAAAAAAAGUAAGGACAGAGUUACUGUGUUGGCUUGCAGUACCGCAACAGGAACUCAUAAAUUAAAAUUGGCUCUGAUAGGAAAGGCCAGGAAACCUAGAGCCUUCAAAAAUAUUAAAAUGAAUGGUGACCAUUUUGACCUCCCCGUUUUUUACAGACACCAAUCAAAUGCUUGGAUGUCAGAGAGCAUUUUUAACGAAUGGUUUCACAAACAGUUUGUGCCCGAAAUUAAGAAGCAUCUAAAGUCCCAGAACCUUCCAAUGAAAGCACUCUUGAUCCUCGACAACGCAACAACGCACCCGGCUGUAGAUGUCAUUCAAGACGGAGAAAUUAAAGCUAUGUUCUUGCCCCCUAACGUAACCUCCCUUUGCCAGCCUAUGGACCAAGGAGUUUUGGUAACGCUUAAGAAGUUGUAUAGGAAGAAACUCCUUUCAUGUCUCAUUCAAGCCCUAGAUGAAGGAGUCGAAUUAGUGGAUAAGUUAAAAAAAAUUGAUAUGCUGGAUGUUGUUGGCUGGAUUUCCCAGGCAUGGGAUGAACUCAAUCCCCUAACGCUCGUGCGUUCUUGGAGGAAGCUCUUGGACCACCAGGGAAAUGAGUUCAACGAAGAAAUUAAAGAUGACGAGCUAGCCACUUUAAUGGAAAAAAUCCCAGGUUGUGAAGAAGCUUCACCUACAGAUGUUUUCGAGUGGAUGGAACAAGAUGAAGAAAGCGGACCAACUUCAGAGGAAGAAAUAGUUGAUGCUUUAAAAUCAAGAGAGGAUAGUGAAGAAGAGUCAGAAGACGACGAAGAUACCACUCAAAAAUCAAAACUGACACACAGCGAAGGUGUAAAAUUCUUCGAGGGAGCGAUCCAGUAUUUACAGGAACAAGGGACGACUGGAAUGGACAUUUUGUUUCUUCGACGAUUACGUGACGAGGCGGCUCGGCGAAGAAACCAAACAACAGUAGCAUCAAAGAACAUCAAGGUCGUGCAGCGUGUCACCAGCUGUAUGCCGUACAGCAUUUGGAUCAAUAUCAGCUGA